GAAACCCUGGAAUCUAUUUCACACAAGAAUGCAAAUGCUUCUUGGACUGCGUUGCUAAGCAUUGGUUUGUGAAUUUCCGUGACAAUCCUUUGACACAUGAUGUGACACUUCCUGACUUAAAAGAGGAUGUAGAUGAAGAAGAGAACGACAGGGAGAUGUUUGGUCGCGAGUUCAUGCACUUCUACAUCCAAGAGGCCCGGAAAAGAGGAUCCCAAACUUUUUCACAUCAGUGCUAAAUGUGAUGUUGGAAGGCGUGUCAGAGACCGCAUCUUCUUUGUGACUUGCAUGCUGGCUUCUGUCUGCCUUCAGGCUUGAUCUUCCGGUCCAUCAUGUCAAGUUUUGUUCUGUGAAGAGCACUUCACGUCUUUUAAAUGUCUUGUCUAUGCUGUUUGUUGGAGUUGCUGCUUUCUGCUAGUAUGUCAUAACUAAUGUUUGUGGAUGAGCUAAAAUAAAAUCCAUAAACAUUGAUCAAAUAAAAAGAAGCAUAUGUGUCCUGCACUUGAGCUUGUUUGUUUUGUUUAAGAAGGCUGUUGAGACUCCUCUCUAUUCUGAUUGGCUGCUGGAACGGCAGUUAGUAACACAUUCUCCAAUGAAAUGUCUCUGCUUGUGUAGUAUUUCAGGCUAGUUUCAAAGCCUUUUUGCUGAAGGUAAUACACUCUGUUUACAAAGCCGUCCGAUCUGUUCCCAAUCUUCAACUGACAUCAAACUGCAAGAAAAACGUUUACAAAUGAG